AUGAAUAACCUUAGCAAUGACUUAAGAGAUGAAUUACUUAGAAAUGGUCCUAUAAGAGAUGUGUCAAUUGUGAAUGAUCCUAAAGAUACUUUUGGUAGACAUUUCUCACCAUCAUGUUAUAUCCGUUAUUGUUCUAAUGGAGAAGAGCAAGAUAGGAAUUGGCUUGUUUAUUCAAAAGAAUUGGAUAGAGUUUUGUGUUUUUGGUGUAAGUUAUUUGGUACAAGUAGUAAAAUGAAUCGCUUAGCAAAUGAAGAGCUUAUAAGAAAUGAAAAAAGACAUUGGAAAGAUGUAUUACUUAGGAUAGUUUAUGUUACUAGAUAUCUAGCUGAGCAAAAUUUAGCAUUUCAUGGAAAAAAUGAGAGGAUUAAUGUGGAAAACAAUGGAAACUAUCUUUCUCUUGUUGAAAUGAUUGCUGAAUGA